AUGCGGUAUUUAAUCGUACUUGCUGCAUUGCUGAUGGUCGCUUUAUGUCAGCAGCAGCAGAUUUAUCAACAACAGUAUAAAGGUGGGAAUCAACCGCGUCAGAAUCAACAAAGUGGAGGAGUUUCAACUUUGACCCCGGUGAAACCAACCAAGAAUCAGCGCAAACGCCCGAUUGCGCAGCCAGCUAUUAAAGGCACACCCGAGAAAGAACAGCUUUGUCAGCAGAAGCUUUACGCUGACACGUACUACCGUUCGGGUUAUUUCGGUGUGCGUCCGUCGAUAGAGAAAGAAUUGCGCAGGGAACUUUAG